GUUUCACGCCGACGUACAGAAUUGAGAGGAUUGAUAUAUGUAUAUAUACACAUACAAAGAUAGCAGGAUACAUUUAUGAGCUUACCCGAGCAGUGUUUUUACUCCACAGUCCGGUAAUUAACCCACGCAGAACCCAAACACUCACCUCGAAAGCGCUGUUUGGCCCCUCAUGGUAGUCCUUCAACCUGUUGUUGCUCAAUGUCUCUGGCCAAAAUCCAGGGCUUGCAUUAGGGCAAUGCCAAGCACGUGUUCUCACCAAUGACGAUUGUCGAUGUUCGGAUCAGCUGCAGCUGGCAACAGCAAACCUGGGAGGUUUGGCGGAUUGCUGGCUCUGAUAGGGCGAAAGCAACGAAAUACCAAAAAAGAAGAGCGAACUUAAUUAACCUGGAGUUUUACUUGGGAUCGAAUCCGCGGAGGAAGAGAGAGAGGUUUGUUAUCCGUUCACCCAUCCGUCCCUGAGAGUGUAGCUACACUACAUCUCAUUCUCUUUUACCGAGUACCCAGUUCUCGAUAUCGCGCCUCCACCACGUCUUCUCCGCAUAUCUGAGACUCUCUUCCUAGCCACUUCCUCAUCCCCAUCCGCCGUAAGCCAGGUUAUGAAAUGCCAGACCCCGUCGCUGGCGCGGGGAAAAUGAUUUCCGCCACAAAACGGCAUAGCGACGAGAACCCUUACGAGCGGUCUCUGAGCACCAGUUCCGAUUCCCUCUCCUCCUCCCGCUCAGGUCACCAUUCCACCCGUCAGGUGGCUUCUACCUCUACUCCCGCUCCAAGCGAAGAUACCCCGAUUGCAACAUCCAAUGGUCGAGGGACGGAGAGGAAUUAUCGAUCGACUGAGUAUGCUGGUGGCGAUUAUUCACAGCAACCCGCGCAAACUCCACAACCACAACGGAAAGCAUCUAUGCACGGGCGUGAUAAUGGACCUGAUGAGCAAGGGUCGAGCAAUGCAAGAGAAGGAGGAGCAGGAGCCAUAUCUCGCCAGUAUAAGCGGAUAGUGGAAAAAUAUGGCAGUGUCGAGCUGGAGAAUAAGGGAAGCGUCGCAAGAGAUCAUUUGGCACUUGAACGCACAUUCCUCGCCUGGCUCCGCACAUCCCUCGCCUUCGCCUCGAUCGGCAUCGCAGUCACCCAACUCUUCCGCCUAAACAGCACCAUCUCAGAAUCAAACGCCCAUCUCCUCUUCGACCCUUCACAAGCACAAGUACAACAACAACCCCCACCCCCUUUCUCCACAAACAACCCCCUCUACUCCGAACACCGAUACAUCCUUCCCCCCCCUCUCCCCGCCGACCUUAUCUCCGACCACCACCACCAGCAGCAAACAACCCACACAACCCCCAUCUCAACAGCCGCCAACGAUAUCCUCCUACACAUCCAAAGCGGCAAACGCAUGCGCAGCCUCGGCAAGCCGCUCGGCGCCACCUUCCUCAGCAUUGCCAUCGUGGUCCUCCUGAUCGGCUUCCACAGAUACUUCGAGGGCCAGUACUGGGUUAUCCGCGGCAAGUUCCCCGCGAGCAGGGGCAGCAUUGCCCUUGUGGCGUUCAUUGCGGGGUCGCUGAUGGUUAGUUGUCUGGUGGUCAUCUUGACGAUUUCGCCGGGGGCGUUGGAGCGGUGAUAUAUAUAUAAACAUAUAUAUAUAUAUGUGUGUGUGUGUGUGUGUGUGCGUUGCUUGUCUUGCCUUGUUAUUUUUUAUAUCUCUUCUGUUGUCUUUUUUAUUUAAUCAUUUAUUGAUGGCUGGAUUUUCUCACGUUCCAUGUGUGGUGUGGAUCAUUGCUAGAUGAAAUUUGCCUUGUGUAGUGUACAUAUAGGAUGGUAUUUUAUCAUUUACAUACAUACAUACAUGUACAUACGUACGGACGUACGUACUGGGGGAGGGGACGGAUAUAUGGAAACUGACAAGACGGCCGGCGGGCGCGAUUACGAGUUGGUUUUUUUUUUCCCCCUUUCUUUUUUCAGCCCACUAUACCUUAAUCCGCGAGUCUAAUACCCUUCCCCCAUGUUUAGCAUCUAACAAGAAACAUACCAUACCCCGUUUAUUUUAUUCAAAGAAAAGGCGGUAGAAUGGAUUUAUAAGAAACAUAUCAGCUGUGAUAAUACCUAUCUAAUUCAUCAGUUGAGCGGAAAUCAUAACCUAUGUAUGUAUGGGCUAUCACGGGAAGACUUAUCUCCACAUAUUAGUCUCUAUAUACCAUACCUGUCCGAAAGAAGAUGGGUAGAAAUAUCUAAGUAGGGAGCGAAUUUCCUCUGAUACAUACAUUCCUCCUAUACCUAUACAUUACAGACUACAGAGUACAUACAUACUAUCUAUAGGUAUCAAUAAAGAGUAACGAAAAGAAACAUUAUUCUGUAUUUUUUUUCCUAUAGCGAUGCUAUGGUCUAGUUUCUUUAUUCUUUCUUUCCUUCUUCCUGUCUUCAUGAUUAGAACGAGCGGAACAUAAAAGUAAAAACCAA